GCCAGGUGCGCGUCGAAAACCCCGCCCGGGAGACCUGGCCUCCAAAUCCCGCCGCUCACCCCCUAAAACCGAACCCGCCAAUAUCUCCCCGACCGUGAUCUCGCCCUUUCGCAGUUUCGACACUCGGCAUCAUUGCCCUUGACUGCCCACGAUGGCCAACUCGAUCAGUAUUUCGCAGUUUCUGGCACACCAUGACCAGCUACGACCGACAUUCUACCUACGACUCUCCCCACAGAUCCGCUCGCCAUGUCCCAUUAAGUCGAGCCGGGGGUUUGACCUCGGUCGCAAGCGCCUCGGAGUCCCGCGCCGACAUCACGUCGAGCUACCACGACGACGCCGCUCGCCUCUCAAACUCGGGAUUCGACACAGCGUACGGAGGGGCCGGUUCUGCAAUGCAUAGCACGCCCAUGAGCCCCGGCAGGCCAUACUCGCCCGGCAUGAGGUCAAUUGACACGCGAAAGUCGAACGCUAACAUCGACGGCUUCGAAACCCAGAGCCCUGCCGGCGAGAUACCCAUGCAGUCCUUCCAGGACGGCCUGCCGCCUCCGCCGUCGGUCUCGAGUUCGUGGAACAAGAUCGAUAACUGGGCCGAGGAGCACUACCCGGAGCUGUCGGACCAGAUCUGCGAGGGAUGCACCAUCAACGACAUUAACGAGCUCGAGCACCAGCUCGACUGCUCCCUCCCACAGGACGUUCGGGAGUCUCUGCAGAUUCAUGACGGACAGGAGCGGGGUGGCAAUCCGACCGGGAUCAUCUUCGGGGCUAUGCUUCUGGACUGCGAAGAGAUAGUGCAGGAGUGGGACAACUGGCGGAAGGUGAACCAAGAGUAUCUGAUGGAGACGGCCGUUGUCAAACCGUCCGUUCCCUCCAAGGCCCUCGGCGGAAACAGCCAGGCCUCGUCGUCAAGAACUGCCCCGUCGAGCCCGGCGUCCACGUCAUCUCGUAACACGACCUGGCGGCAGGACUUGCUAGCACGCCAAGAUAGCGUUCCUGCUGGCGCUGUCCAGAGGGUAUAUGCGCAUCCCGGCUGGAUUCCUCUGGUGCGUGACUGGGGUGGCAACAACUUGGCCAUCGAUUUGGCGCCUGGGCCUAAGGGUUCCUGGGGUCAGGUCAUUCUCUUUGGCCGCGACUUCGACACCAAAUUCGUUGUUGCUCGAUCCUGGGCUCAUUUUCUCGCGCUUGUAACGGAUGAUCUCGGCAGCGGAAGGUGGUUCGUGGACGAGGAGACGGGCGAGCUCAAGCUUCGCGAGUUUAAGAAGACCCGCGUCGAGCCUGCUUACUUCGACAUUCUGAGGUGGAGGGUGGACCAGAAAUACGGACGCGCAGCAAAUAAUCGGAAAUCCCGUGCUCAGGGAGCGGCGUCGCCUACGGGCCCCAGCUCCCCAUACGCUAGCCCGGUAGAGCCCAACGGUGAGCCCCGGGGCCGAUCAUUGCAGCGCCUCAGCGGCAACUCGCCGCUCCCGAGCCCCAUCCGACCUGGAUUUGGCAAGCCGAGCCCGCUGGCACGAGUAACGGAAGAAGCGCCUGCGUUGCUGGCCGUCACCAUUCCCAACAGUGCCACAAUCCGUGAGAAGUUGGUCGAAGUUGAAACCCCGCGGCCGAGCAGCGAAGACAACAAAGAGAACGUCAACGCUCCGAGACUGGCGGCAUUAACGAACGGCGACGACCUGUCGGCCACACCCAAGCCGGAACCACAAGAAAAUGGAGCGGCCAACGGCAAGGUGGUACUGUCAACUGGCAGCGGCAAGCAGCCAGUGAUAGUCGAAGAGGCGGAGACAAUGAAAACGAUUGAGAUCUGAAGAAAACGGAACGACCACACAUGACGAGUUAUGGGGCGAGUCAAGCUUCUCUGGGCUACUACAACAAAUGAUGCGGCAUCGAAUACGGCGUUUUGGGCGGCUUCCUUCUCUCUCAAC